CCCCCGUCCCCCGCCCGCGGCAAACAUGGCGGUGGACUCGGCGAUGGAGCUGCUAUUUUUAGAUACUUUUAAACAUCCUAGCGCCGAGAUGCCCCAGACUCCUGCCGCGUGCCGCUCGGAGUCCUCACGCGCACCGCCCACGGCCAGCCUGGGUGUGAGUGCCGCGCCCGGGGAGGGCGGCGGCGGCCCCUGCGUCUGCAGCUUCGCCUGCGCCCCCUGCGCAUGUGUCCCGCGGGCUGCUCGGCUGGCGGUGCUGGUUCUUACUCGUUUUCUGCAAGGUCUUGGUUCUCCCCAGGAGGCGCGGGGGCGACUUGGCAGCCCGUCUUUGACAGUAGUGCAGAGGUUGCAGCAGCAGCUCGUGCUGCCUUCGGGGUCCCCAAGUUGCGAGGUCUCUCCUGUGUUUUGUGACCCUUUCAGGGAGACGUCGCCACACACCUUUCAGUUAGACUUAUUCUUCAACAAUGUGAGCAAACCAAGUGCCCCGGUUUUCGAUAGGUUGGGAAGCCUGGAAUAUGAUGAGAAUACUUCUAUCAUCUUUAGACCCAACUCAAAGGUAAAUACUGACGGUCUGGUGCUAAGAGGAUGGUACAACUGUCUGACCCUGGCGAUAUAUGGCUCAGUGGAUCGAGUGAUAAGUCACGAUCGAGACUCUCCGCCACCCCCUCCUCCUCCUCCACCACCCCCCCAGCCACAACCAAGUUUGAAAAGGAAUCCAAAACAUGCUGAUGGUGAGAAAGAGGAUCAGUUUAACGGCAGCCCUCCCAGACCACAGCCAAGAGGACCAAGAACUCCUCCGGGGCCACCUCCCCCUGAUGAUGAUGAAGAGGAGCCUGUGCCUCUGCCAGUGUCUGGUGACAAGGAGGAGGAUGUUCCCCAUAGAGAAGAUUAUUUUGAGCCCAUUUCUCCUGAUCGGAAUUCUGUUCCCCAGGAAGGUCAAUAUUCUGAUGAAGGAGAGGUAGAAGAAGAACAGCAAGAAGAAGGAGAUGAUGAUGAAGAUGAUGUGGAUGUAGAAGAAGAAGAGGAUGAGGAUGAGGAUGACCGCCAUACCGUGGACAGUAUCCCUGAAGAGGAAGAGGAAGAGGAAGAAGAGGGUGAAGAGGAUGAAGAAGGUGAAGGGGAUGAUGGUUAUGAACAAAUUUCCAGUGAUGAAGAUGGAAUUGCUGACUUGGAACGUGAGACAUUUAAGUACCCAAACUUCGACGUGGAAUACACUGCUGAAGACCUUGCUUCUGUCCCUCCCAUGACGUAUGAUCCAUAUGACAGGGAGCUGGUUCCACUCUUAUACUUCAGUUGUCCCUACAAGACUACUUUUGAAAUUGAAAUCAGCAGAAUGAAAGACCAAGGUCCAGAUAAAGAAAAUUCAGGAGCUAUUGAAGCCUCGGUGAAGUUAACAGAGCUAUUAGAUUUGUAUCAGGAAGAUAGAGGUGCAAAAUGGGUGACGGCUUUAGAAGAAAUCCCAAGUUUAAUAAUAAAAGGACUAAGCUAUUUGCAGUUGACAAACACAAAGCAAGAUGCCCUUGGCCAAUUGGUGGACUGGACAAUGCAGGCUUUAAAUUUACAAGUAGCCUUUCGCCAGCCCAUUGCUUUAAAUGUCCGACAGCUCAAAGCUGGGACCAAGUUAGUGUCCUCCCUAGCGGAGUGUGGCUCUCAUGGAGUGAUCGGACUAUUGCAGGCAGGAGUGAUCAGUGUGUUGUUUGAGCUCCUGUUUGCUGAUCAUGUCUCAUCUUCCCUUAAGUUAAAUGCUUUUAAAGCUUUGGACAGUGUUAUUAAUAUGACAGAAGGAAUGGAAGCUUUUUUAAGAAGUAGGCAGAGUGAAAAAAGUGGCUAUCAAAGACUUCUGGAGCUCAUACUUUUAGAUCAGACUGUGAGGGUUGUCACUGCUGGUUCAGCUAUUCUUCAGAAAUGCCAUUUCUAUGAAAUCUUGUCAGAGAUUAAAAGACUGGGUGAUCAUUUAGCAGAGAAGACUUCAUCUGUACCUAACCACAGUGAACCUGAUCAGGACUCAGAUGCUGGACUUGAGAGAACGAACCCAGAAUAUGAAAAUGAGGUAGAAGCUUCUAUGGACAUGGAUCUUUUGGAAUCCUCAAAUAUAAGUGAAGGGGAAAUAGAGAGGCUUAUUAACCUUCUAGAAGAAGUUUUUCAUUUAAUGGAAACUGCCCCUCACACAAUGAUCCAACCUCCUGUUAAGUCAUUCCCAACAAUGGCGCGAAUCACUGGACCUCCAGAGAGGGAUGACCCAUACCCUGUUCUCUUUAGGUAUCUUCACAGUCAUCACUUCUUGGAGUUGGUCACCUUGCUUCUGUCAAUUCCAGUAACAAGUGCUCACCCUGGUGUGCUGCAAGCGACAAAAGAUGUUCUAAAGUUUCUUGCACAGUCACAAAAGGGUCUCCUUUUUUUUAUGUCAGAAUAUGAAGCAACAAACUUGUUGAUCCGAGCCCUGUGUCACCUGUAUGAUCAAGAUGAAGAGGAAGGUCUCCAGUCUGAUGGUGUGGUCGAUGAUGCGUUUGCCCUGUGGCUGCAGGACUCCACGCAGACGCUACAGUGCAUUACAGAGCUGCUCAGCCAUUUCCAGCGCUGUACAGCCAGUGAGGAAACGGACCAUUCUGAUCUCUUGGGAACUCUUCACAAUCUGUAUUUGAUUACUUUUAAUCCUGUGGGAAGAUCAGCUGUUGGCCAUGUUUUCAGCCUUGACAAAAAUCUUCAAAGUCUCAUUACUCUAAUGGAGUACUAUUCCAAGGAAGCCUUAGGUGAUUCCAAGUCUAAGAAGUCAGUAGCUUAUAAUUAUGCAUGUAUACUUAUUUUGGUGGUGGUUCAGUCUUCCAGUGAUGUCCAGAUGUUAGAACAACAUGCAGCAUCUCUCUUGAAGCUUUGUAAAGCUGAUGAAAAUAAUGCUAAAUUGCAAGAACUUGGCAAAUGGCUUGAACCUCUGAAAAACCUUCGAUUUGAAAUUAACUGCAUCCCAAAUCUAAUUGAAUAUGUUAAACAGAAUAUUGAUAACUUGAUGACCCCAGAAGGAGUUGGCCUUACCACUGCCUUACGUGUUCUCUGUAAUGUGGCAUGCCCACCUCCUCCUGUUGAAGGUCAACAGAAAGACCUGAAAUGGAAUCUUGCGGUUAUUCAGCUUUUUUCUGCUGAAGGAAUGGACACCUUCAUUCGGGUUCUGCAGAAGUUGAACAGUAUUUUGACUCAGCCCUGGAGGCUCCAUGUCAACAUGGGGACCACUCUUCACAGAGUUACUACCAUUUCAAUGGCUCGCUGCACGCUCGCACUUCUUAAAACGAUGCUAAUGGAACUCCUGAGAGGCGGCUCCUUUGAGUUUAAGGACAUGCGUGUUCCUUCAGCACUUGUCACGCUCCACAUGCUCCUCUGCUCUAUCCCCCUUUCAGGUCGUUUGGAUAGCGAUGAACAGAGAAUUCAGAAUGACAUCAUUGAUAUCUUACUGACUUUCACACAAGGAGUUAAUGAAAAACUCACAAUGUCAGAAGAGACUCUGGCCAAUAAUACUUGGUCUUUAAUGUUAAAAGAAGUUCUUUCUUCCAUCUUGAAGGUUCCCGAAGGAUUUUUUUCUGGACUCAUACUCCUUUCAGAGCUGCUGCCUCUUCCUUUGCCCAUGCAAACGACUCAGGUUAUUGAGCCACAUGAUAUAUCAGUGGCACUCAACACCCGAAAAUUGUGGAGCAUGCACCUUCAUGUUCAAGCAAAGUUGCUCCAAGAGAUAGUUCGCUCUUUCUCUGGCACAGCCUGCCAGCCCAUUCAGCAUAUGUUACGGCGUAUUUGUGUUCAAUUGUGUGACCUUGCCUCACCAACUGCACUUCUGAUUAUGAGAACUGUGUUGGAUUUGAUUGUAGAAGACUUGCAAAGCACUUCAGAAGAUAAAGAAAAACAGUAUACUAGCCAGACCACCAGGUUGCUUGCUCUUCUUGAUGCUCUGGUUUCACACAAAGCUUGUAAAUUAGCUAUUUUACAUCUAAUUAAUGGAACUAUUAAAGGUGAUGAAAGAUAUGCGGAGAUAUUCCAAGAUCUUUUAGCUUUGGUGCGGUCUCCUGGAGACAGUGUUAUUCGCCAGCAGUGUGUUGAAUACAUCACAUCCAUUUUGCAGUCUCUCUGUGAUCAGGACAUUGCACUUAUUUUGCCAACAUCUUCUGAAGGUUCUAUUUCUGAACUUGAGCAGCUUUCCAAUUCUCUACCAAACAAAGAGUUAAUGGCUUCAAUCUGUGAUUGUCUGUUGGCUACUUUAGCUAACUCUGAGAGCAGCUACAGCUGUUUACUGACGUGUGUUAGAACAAUGAUGUUUCUUGCAGAGCAUGAUUAUGGAUUGUUUCACUUAAAAAGUGAAGCAUUCCGGAUAAUCACCCCAAAGUUGGAUGAUCUUAAGGAAGUGGGAUGUUGUGGAGAUGAUAGUGGUCUCAUGGAAGUAGAGGGAGCUCAUUCAUCACGGACGAUGAGUAUUAAUGCUGCAGAGUUAAAACAGCUUCUACAAAGCAAAGAAGAAAGUCCAGAAAAUUUGUUCCUUGAACUAGAGAAGCUUGUUUUGGAACAUUCGAAAGAUGAUGACAAUCUGGAUUCCCUGUUGGACAACAUAGUUGGCCUUAAGCAAAUGCUGGAGUCAUCAGGUGACCCUUUACCUCUCAGUGACCAGGAUGUAGAACCAGUGCUUUCUACCCCAGAAUCUCUCCAGAAUCUGUUUAACAAUAGAUCAAAGAGAGAAGUAAAGGUUGAUUUGAUUGAACUCUCUGAAAGAUGCUGUAGUGAUUUUGACCUGCACUCAGAAUUGGAGCGCUCCUUUCUGUCAGAGCCAUCAUCUCCAGGGAGAACUAAGACUACUAAAGGAUUCAAACUUGGAAAACAUAAGCAUGAGACCUUUAUAACUUCAAGUGGAAAAUCUGAGUACAUUGAACCUGCCAAACGAGCUCAUGUUGUGCCACCACCAAGAGGAAGGGGCAGGGGAGGAUUUGGACAGGGCAUACGACCCCAUGAUAUUUUUCGUCAGAGAAAACAGAACACAAGUAGACCACCUUCUAUGCAUGUGGAUGACUUUGUUGCAGCUGAAAGUAAAGAAGUGGUCCCUCAAGAUGGAAUACCCCCACCAAAACGGCCACUCAAGGUAUCACAGAAGAUUUCUUCUCGUGGUGGAUUUUCAGGCAAUCGAGGAGGACGCGGUGCUUUUCACAGUCAAAAUAGGUUUUUUACACCACCUGCUUCUAAAGGGAACUACAGUCGUCGGGAGGGAGCAAGAGGCUCUAGCUGGAGUGCUCAGAGUACUCCUCGAGGCAGCUACAGUGAAAGUCGAGGAGGCCAGAGCAACUUCAACAGGGGCCCUUUGCCCCCGCUGCGGCCACUCAGCUCUGCAGGCUACCGACCAAGCCCGCGGGAUCGAGCUUCCAGAGGCCGCGGGGGCCUUGGGCCUUCCUGGGCCAGUGCAAACAGUGGCAGUGGAGGCUCCAGAGGGAAGUUCGUCAGUGGAGGCAGUGGCAGAGGUCGUCAUGUGCGGUCCUUUACACGAUAAAGUGCUUUGGGAACAUCUCAAGGGUACACAGACAUUUCAUGAGGACAAUAAAAAUGAGACAUCGGAGGACCAAUUUAGACUUAGCUAUUAUCUGGAGACAUCUGAGAGAAUAUUUUUAUCUGAAGAAAGCAGAUUUUGUUUGAUACCUAACGUGAGAUUUCAAUAAAAAUCCAAACUUUGUAUGUA